AUGGCGGCGCUGGCCCUGCUGCUGCGGCCCCGCGGCGGCGCCGCCGCUGCCACCAGGGCUCUGCUCCUCGCCAGGACGCCGCUCCGCCCGCCCGCGCCGCUCGCCGCGCUCGCCGCCGCCCGCCAGAGCCACGGCGCCCCGCGGCCCGCGCACGGCGCUUCCAAGGCUGCGUCCUUGCACUGGGCGGGCGAGCGAGCCGUCAGCGUCCUGCUGCUGGGCCUCCUUCCGGCAGCCUAUCUGUGUCCGGGACCGGCUGUGGACUAUUCCCUGGCUGCAGCCCUCACUCUGCAUGGCCACUGGGGUCUCGGACAGGUUAUAACUGACUACGUCCAUGGAGAGAUGCCCAUUAAAGUGGCCAAUACAGGUCUGUAUGUGCUCUCAGCCGUGACCUUCGCCGGCCUCUGCUACUUUAACUACCACGAUGUCGGUAUCUGCAAGGCUGUGGCCAUGCUGUGGAGUCUCUGAGGUGCGCCCAGGUCCCCGACGAACAUGAUUGUUCACCGCUGCCUCUGCUUUGUCCUGUUUGUGCUGAGAUGUUGAAUGCGGGAGAAAUGACUAACAAGGGGUCCGUAGCAUGUACGUACCACAAGAGCAAGCCCAGAGCUAGUCAUGCAGAGCUCAUCUUGUUUUGGUUUAUUGCAACAGCAGUUAAAGUGUUGGAAGAGAAGGAGCUUUAAAGUGAAUUCUGCCCAGGCAAGAACAAGUUGAUUUAAAUUUUAGUUUAAACGGGGAGGAAGCAGUUAAUAACAGACUUACAAAGCUGAUGGUAACUUGCCUUUUAACAUCACCUUGAUCUUUCCUUUCCCCUUCUUUUUCUAACAUAACACUGGUUUGCUUUCUUAUUAUGUAAAGCACAUUUGACUCGAGGAAAGUUGGACUGCUGUUCCAACACCACAACAGCUGAACUGUAUGUAAGGCACUCCCUGUAGCUCUUUGGGCCCUGAGAAUUGAUGUGGAAAAGGGAAUAUUUUUUCUUAAUCCAUCCAAUAAAGAAUU